AAAGCCACCACAGAGGCAGCGCUCAGUACCCGGAUGUUCCCGACAUAAGGAAGUCAGUCAUGAGACAACAAACUGCGGGUUCUGAGUUUUCAGUCUGUUUAAUCAACAGGAAAUAAAAUAAAGACCAAAAGCCUUAAAGAGCACAAGGACUCAUCUGUGUUGAAUAUCUUGGCGUCCCCGACAGGAGCAUGGAGAAUGAUGAACUUUCGCCAGAGGAUGGGAUGGAUCGGGGUCGCCGCGUACUUGCUGCUUAGCAUCGCUGCGGUUUAUUACAUGUUUGAGAUCAACCAGACGUACAACCGCUUCACGCUGGCCCCCGUGGAGAACCAGAGCGGGACGCCCCCGUCGCCGGCGCUCCCGGACUCCGCCUCCUGGAUGCAAAGCGUGACGUCGCGGCUCCUCCUGCUGCCUUUCUGGCUCUGGGCGGCCAUCCUCCUCGUCCCGUACCUGCAGCUUUUCCUGUUCCUGUACUCCUGCACCCGGGCCGACCCCAAGACCGUGGGCUACUGCAUCCUGCCUGUCUGCCUCGCCCUGCUCUGUAACAGACACGCCUCCUUCACCAAGGCCUCCAAUCAGAUCAGCAGGCUGCAGCUGAUCGACACCUGACGUGGGCGGGGCUUGCGACGAGGUCCGGCCCACACUGACUCGCCGCGCAGCUCUUUAUACCUUUAUACUCACUUUCUUUUUAAAUCAAGCCGGACGGGGAAGUCUUUAUCACGAUGAUUUAUUUACAUUUUUAAGUUGUACCUGAUACACCGGAGGGUAAAUUAAAACAAAAUUCUUUUUUGAUGUUUUUUUUAUCAUUUCUUUUCAUAAUAAAACAAUCAGUGUGUUCUGGAUGUUGCCGUUUUUCCUCCUCGAUACACUGGACCUCAGAAUCUAUGACAGUGUUUAUUAAAGAAGUGUGUGUGUGUGUGUGUGUGUGUGUGUGUGUGUGCGUGAUUAAUUUAAACUCAGUGUUUAAGAGGAUUUUAACUCACUGCAGAUUGAAGCUUUUUUUUAAAGAACCUCAAUAAAUAAAUCACAAACUAAA